GGCGCGUCUACAAAACCUUAUGAAGCCUGGCUGCCAUAUCGACAUCUCGGACCGGCAUUCUCUAUUCCACUUUCAAUCACAUAUCGAGAUCACCAGAAGACCUUGCAUCACAUUAGAUCAUACCAAUUUUCGAACAAGUAGAGCGAAAGUCAUUGGCUCACUUGACUGUUUGUUGCCUCGUCUGGCCACGUCCACACGCGGAUAGACUUGGUGGCUUAGAUCAACAACGUCUUCACACGCUCCAACAAACAUCUGUCGUCAACACGAUACCAAGCACCGAUAUUGCCAGCUGUCUAUGUUGAUUGUGUUCAAAGAGCUGGGCUCUCACGACCACUUCCACCUGCAAUGGCUCUCACACCGCAACCAAAUGAGCACGCGACCAUGGAGAACAUUCCACCACGAAACGCUUGGCCAGGGUCACUUCGACUCCCUUCGCCAAAUCCGCCGAGGUGCAGACAGAUCACUAUCUUUGGUGGCGGCACAGCUACCAAUCAUCUCGUUGAUGUCUUUACAAAUCUUGCUCAAGCCAACAGCAGUGUGCUCAACUACGUCAUACCCAUCAGUGAUAAUGGUGGCAGCUCGAGCGAACUGAUUCGAGUCUUUGGCGGCCCUGGUAUUGGUGAUCUGCGCAGCAGAUUGGUCCGCUUGAUUCCUGAUAGUGGCGACCCCUCAUCCGAAGCCUCCGCCAUCAAAGAACUAUUUAAUCACCGCCUCCCUUCCGAGCCUAAAGAAGCACGUCUCGAGUGGCUAGAGAUAGUCGAAUCUCUUCACCCCCUAUGGCGACAAAUCUCUACGCCUAAAAAGGAGCUGAUCAGGAGCUUUCUCAACUUGGUCAAUCAGGAGAUUGUCAAACGCAUGAGACCGAGCUCGAGAUUCGAUUUCUCAUCUGCAAGUAUUGGCAAUCUGUUCCUAACCGGAGCACGUCUCUUCUCUGGAAGCUUGGAAUCAGCAAUCUACCUCCUCAGCAGCAUCUGCUCCGUCCCCGAAACCAUAACAGUCCUCCCCGCCAUAAACACAAAUUUCUCCCACCACAUCUCCGUCUCCCUCCAAGAUGGCACCCACAUAACAGGUCAAAACAACAUCUCUCACCCCUCAGCUCCUUCCUCUCUCCCCGAAACUUUGCCUCGCUCUCCAACAGCCUUACGUCUCGAAACCGAAGAAUCAGAUAAUGUAGAAGAUGCCUCUUUGCCAGGCUCAUUACCUUCUCUCCGCAAACCUGCUAUCAAAUUCUCGAAAUCGCAGGAAGAAGAGUUAUCAGCCAGGAUUGAACGACUGUGGUAUAUCAAUCCUUAUGGACAGGAAAUGUCUUGUCCGGCAAACCCUCGCGUCCUGGAAGCUCUGGCCAAAUCAUCGACGAUAAUCUACAGCAUUGGAUCGCUGUUUACUUCCAUCAUCCCUAGUAUCAUCUUACGGGGUGUGGGUGCUGCUAUCUCUUCGCCGCAUAUUAGGAAUAAGAUUCUUAUUCUCAACAGCAGUAUCGAUAGGGAGACUGGACCGCUGGCUCAGCCUUUCACGGCCAUGGACUUUAUCGCUGCUAUAGCGAAUGCAUGUGCGGAGAGUAGAGGCUUGAAAGCGCCAGAGACGAAAGACUAUUGGAUGUAUGUCACGCAUCUUAUUUACAUAGAGGCAAAAGAGGCACCUAAAGUGGACAAAGAUGACCUUGUUGGUGCGGGGAUUGAGGGAAUCCGAGUCUAUGGUUUGGGUGGGAAAUACGAUGAUAGAGGCCUGGAACAGACUUUGAAGAUGAUUUUGGGCAAAGGGGAGCAGGUUGGAGUGAGAAGUAGGAGGAAUACGGUACAGAGGUAACUCGAGAAUGACUUUCGAGGCAAGAGGCCAUCACUGCGGGAGGAGCAACACCUUUGGGGAAGGAUGGCUUAUUAUUGGGGACGAUGAGAAAUGGAAUUUAGGAAACUCGACAUUAUGCUAUAUCCGUUACUGCAUGCGCGUGGAAUCAAAAUCCAACCUUGGGGACUCCUGAACUCGACGAAAAUGGAGUCUACUCCUCAGGGUCGCGACCGCCUUGCU